AUGAGGUCGUUGCUGAUGUUCGAUUUACCGCGAAAGUUCAGCGAUGAUGACAUGAUCGAUCCGAGCACUGUGGAUAAUCUUGAGGUGCUGGCACGUGCAAAGUGGUACGUAGACCGUGACGAUCUCGAAGGUGCGAUUCGCGUGUCGCAGCUGUUGCGCGGCGAAACAGCGUUGGCGAUCCGCGACUGGCUUAGCGAUGCUCGUGCAUAUUUGGAGGCACGACUACUCGCCCAGCUUCUUGUCGCGCAUGCAGCUGUGUCUUCAAUCAGAUCUACCUAUUAG